AUGGACUUGCUGUCUGGAACCUACCUCUUGGCAGUCUUGUUAGCCUGUAUUGUAUUUCAAUCUGGCGCGCAGGAGAAGAAUUACACCGUGCGGGAAGAACUGCCUGAAAAUGUCCUCAUUGGCAACUUGCUCAAGGAUCUUAAUCUGACGCUGGACCCAGACGUGCCGCUUUCCUCGCCGCUCCAGUUCAAGCUGGUGUACAAGACCGGGGACGUGCCGCUGGUGCGGGUGGAGGAGAACACCGGGGAGAUAUUCACCACCGCCAACCGCAUAGACAGGGAGAAGCUGUGCUCGGGCAUCUUCACUGAGAAUCGCUGCUUCUAUGAGGUGGAGGUUGCUGUCCUACCCGAUGAAGUUUUCAGACUCGUCAAGAUCAGAUUCCUAAUAGAGGAUAUAAAUGACAAUGCCCCCCUCUUCCCCUCAACAGUUAUUAACAUCUCUAUCCCUGAGAACACAGCAAUUAAUUCUCGCUAUUCUGUCCCGUCCGCCGUCGAUCCGGACAUCGGGGUGAAUGGCAUUCAACAUUAUGAACUCCUUAAG